AUGUCGUUGUUCCCUAAGUCAGCCGACUACCUUCAGAGAGAAAACACUUCGUACAGCGUCUUUGUUCAGCGGAUAAUCAGAGGGAGACAGAAGAGGAGCUACUUUCUCUCUUCACUUACGAGUUAUAUAUUGAAGUCUCUAUGGCUUGGAGUCCCUCUUCAGCAGACUCAAUACGACAUUACAAGCUAUACAGAGCUGAUUCCCUAUAUACGUGGCUGCGUCUACCUUCUCCAGAUUGACAGUAGAUUGAGAAAAAUCACCGCGAUAUUUGGUUUCAACCGGAUAAGCCCUCUGAAUGACAUUAUUGUUGAUAUAGGUAAACGCUGGAAAAGAGGGGAAAGGCUUGAGACGUAUGACUGGCUGAUGUACUUGCGGCCGUACCUCGGAGACCAGUCCCGGGAACUCCGCGCUAUACUGAGAGGCGCCGUAAUUAAACUGAACGAUGUCGUUGUAGCUAACAAGAAUUGGUUCUUGACCUCGUUAUUGCAGGAAAUCAUGGAUUUCGGGCUCGACAAGUCGAGCACCAAUACGCGCAUUGUUUCUGGUCUUGUGCAGGGCUCGAGAGCCGCCAUCGCCGGCAUCGAAAACGGAGAUCGGAUACUGUCUCCAUCGCGAGCAAGCUUUUGUGCUAUGUUGCUGAGCGCAAAUCUUGAGAUUGUUAUCGAAAGAUCCUGCAAGAGAGUGCACAUCUCAUAUUGGCCGUGCUCGUUCUCGAAGGCGGAGGAAUUUUACUUGGCAGGCGUACCGAGCGAGGAAUAUUGCAAAUGA